ACCGGUGUCGCCCGGAGAUGACGCCAUUAGGCAAGCGCAGUGAUGACGUCAUCACCGGGCGACGCCGGUUAGCACAUUGCAGAUAUACAGCAGUUAGCUGAUUAGUGCUUGUUAUUUUACAGAACUGACGGUCAGUGACCUGUUACUGCUUUAUAUAAAGGUGUAAAAAAACUUUAAUCUCGACCUCAUGAAGUGUCAUUACGAGGUGUUGGGGGUGAAAAGGGACGCUGGAGACGAUGAGCUGAAGAAAACCUACCGCAAAUUAGCUCUCAGAUGGCAUCCAGAUAAGAACCUGGAGAACUCGGAGGAGGCAGCGGAGCAGUUUAAACUAAUUCAGGCAGCGUAUGAUGUUCUCAGUGACCCACAGGAAAGAGCCUGGUACGAUAACCACCGGGAGGCGCUUUUGAAGGGCGGAGUCAGUGGAGAUUACAAUGACGACAGCAUCGAUCUCCUUCAGUACUUCACUGUAACCUGUUACUCAGGUUACGGAGAUGACGAGCAGGGCUUCUACACGGUGUACAGGAACCUGUUUGAGUCCAUCGGCAAGGAGGAGCUGGAGCACAGUAAAGAGGAGGAGGACCAGAGCGAGGACUUUCCCUCAUUCGGAGACUCUCAGAGCGACUACGAUACGGUGGUGCACUUGUUCUACGGCUGCUGGCAGAGUUUCUGCACACGGAAAAACUUUGCAUGGAAGGAGGAAUACGACACUCGGCAGGCCUCAAACCGCUGGGAGAAAAGAGCCAUGGAGAAAGAGAACAAAAAGACACGCGACAAGGCCAGGAAGGAACGCAGCGAGCUCGUGCGGCAGCUAGUGGCCUUCAUUAGGAAACGAGACAAACGAGUGCAGGCUCACAGGAAACUGGUGGAGGAGCAGAAUGCAGAAAAAGCAAAGAAGGUGGAGGAGCUGAGGAGGAAGCAGAAACUGGAGCAGGCUAAGCUGGCGGAGGAAUAUAAGGAACAGAACUGGUCUGCGAUGUCUGGACUGGAGCAGGAGCUGCAGCAGAUGGAGCUUCAGUAUGGACGAGAUUUUGGAGACGUGGAUGAGGAGCUUGAGGAGGACAGAGUGGAGACAGACGCUGUGGACGUCUCUGAUAAGCUAGACGAGCUUUAUGAUGAUCUUUACUGUCCUGCCUGUGACAAGUCCUUCAAAACGGACAAAGCGAUGAAGAACCACGAUAAGUCCAAAAAGCACAGAGAGAUGGUGGCUCUGCUACGGCAACAGCUCCAAGAGGAGGAAGAGGCACUGACUCUGAACUCGACACAAAGAAACCGUGAAGAAAACGAGGACGAAGAACAGGACGAUAAAGAUGAGGAGAGGGAGGAUGAACCCAGACAGAAGUUGUCAAAGAAACAGAAGAAGAAGAAGCGACAGCAGAAAAACAUGAAUAACCUCCCAGAAAAGCCAGUGUCCGAGAGUCCGACUCCAGACGCCACCACUGUCAUCGGUCCUGUAAACCAAUCAGUCAACGAGGACGAGCUGCUCGGCUCCGAGGAGGCUGCAGAGGAAGCGAAGAAAGACGACGUCGAACCCAAUAAAAGCUCUGGAAAGAUGAAAGGCAAGAAAGCUGGAAAAGACUCCAAGAAGAGCAACAAUGCCAACGGAGGUGGAGACACCAACCAAGAGCAGAAGGAGGUGAACCUGCGCUGUGUUAUCUGCCGUUUUGAGUUCACCACCAGGAACAAACUGUUUGAUCACCUGAAGACAACGGGACACGCCACAGCGCUGCCGUCCAAUGGCUGUAUAAACACUAAGAGCAAGAAGGAGAAGAGGAAGAACAGAUGACUAGAGCAUCAUCAUCAUCAUCUUUAAAAUGACUAAGACUUAAGCAGAUUCAGAGCAUGUAUGUGUGUGUGCGUGCGUGUGUGUGUGUGCAUGUGUGUGCGUGUGUUUGUGUCUGCGUAUGCGUGUGUGUGUGUGUGUGUGCGCGCUCAUCCUACAAGCUGUUGUUUAGGACUUGUCACACACACACACAUACAGAUCACACAGUACAACACACAGUAAGUGUAAAAGCGCUGCACUUCUUCACAACACACACAUUUGCUCUCUGUGAGAGAAAGUAGAACUUAAAAAGUGAGAAAAAUCAUUUUUGCUGUUCAUAAACUCGUGAUUAUAAAAUGUAACUCAAAAAUGUAGAAACUCAUUAAAGUUUGCAUUAAAAAAAAGCUUCAUCUGGAAACAAGAACGUUGCUAUGGCAACAAAACGAA